UCAUAGGAGAAACUUAGGGAGGGAAGAACUUGGCCAUCGUUUACUUCGGUAAAUUUCAUAUCUUUUUCGUAAGGUCAAGACCGCUCGUCCUUUCAUACAAUUCUGCGUGCUGAUUCAAACGCAAAAUACUUUAAUAAAAGCAUCCCGUGAUUCCAAUUUCAUUACAGAUUUUUCGUUGUGAAUCCAAAUUUCUGAUUCGAUAUGGGUAAUCUUUUUUGUUGUGUUCAAGUGGAUCAAUCCACUGUGGCUAUCAGGGAGAGAUUUGGGAAAUAUGAGGAAGUUCUUGAGCCAGGAUGCCAUUGUUUGCCUUGGUUUCUUGGAGCUCAGGUCGCCGGCAGUCUGUCUCUCCGGUUGCAACAAUUGGAUGUCCGAUGUGAGACCAAGACAAAGGAUAAUGUGUUUGUCAACGUGGUUGCGUCGAUUCAAUAUCGAGCACUGGCCGAUAAAGCAAGCGAUGCAUUCUACAAACUAAGCAAUACAAGAUCUCAGAUCCAGGCUUAUGUUUUUGAUGUAAUUAGAGCAAGUGUUCCAAAGCUCAACUUGGAUGAUGCUUUUGAGCAGAAAAAUGAUAUUGCCAAAGCAGUUGAAGAUGAACUUGAAAAGGCUAUGUCGGCUUAUGGCUUUGAGAUUGUUCAAACGCUCAUUGUCGAUAUAGAACCAGACGAGCAUGUGAAGAGAGCAAUGAAUGAAAUUAAUGCUGCUGCUAGAUUAAGGGUGGCAGCAAAUGAGAAGGCAGAAGCAGAGAAAAUUUUGCAGAUAAAGCGAGCUGAGGGUGAAGCUGAAGCCAAGUACUUGUCUGGUUUGGGUAUUGCUCGACAGCGUCAAGCAAUUGUGGAUGGUUUAAGAGACAGUGUGUUGGGAUUCUCUGUUAAUGUUCCAGGGACGACGGCAAAGGAUGUUAUGGAUAUGGUGCUUGUGACCCAAUAUUUUGACACCAUGAAAGAAAUUGGAGCUGCUUCCAAGUCCACUUCUGUGUUUAUACCUCAUGGACCUGGAGCUGUUCGAGACGUCGCAUCGCAAAUUCGCGAUGGACUUCUUCAGGGUGCUUCUUCUUCUCACUAGUCCAAAUCUAUUUCACUAAGUUGAUGGUAUUUAGUGUGUGUUGUGGUUUUCUGUUUUCAAGUGACAUAUAUGUUCGGUAAUUUACAUUUGAGCUUUGGAAAUUGUUCUUAAUACUUUAAAUACUAGUGGUUUCUCCAAUAAAUGUACAAAUAUAUUUCUCUACAA